UCAGUGCAGUGUGACAGUGACAAGUGUAACAGAGCGGAUGUAAACUUCCGAGAGACGGUCUCGGGUUUUCAAUUUUUUUCCGAGUAUAUACAUAUAUUCAAAGCUGUUCUUAAAAAUUAAAAUUUAAAAAAAAUUCUCUAAAUUGGAAUGUCGAGAAAAUUGCAAAUAAAUUUGUAACAAAUUCGUUCGUUUUGUUAAUAAAUUUACAACAAUAAGAACAAAAGGAAGAGCAGUGCAAAAACAACACAAACACCAUGUCUAUUGCAAAAUUAUUUGUUAAAGUUUUCGGUGAAGAUAUUUUCACAAGUCUAAAUCCGGAGGGUGAUGAUGAUGAUGACGAAGCCAAAAGGCCUACCUCGGGAGCUGGAGCCUGCGAUGGUGGUGGUCUUACAUUGCCAGAUUCUAAAUUUAGCCAAUUAUCUUAUUGCAGACAAAUGGUUUUGGUGAAGUCAUGGCUGAAGGGAAAACUCGAGGAUAUAGACAACAGCUGCCGUGAUGCCGUCUUGCAGCAACAAUUGGAAAUGCGGUCAAGGCUAGGACCGGAAUUUGUCAUAUUCGAUAUUGAUUUUUCAUCAACGGUGCGCAUAGCCAACGACCGUUUGACGGUCCGUUCGCAGGGUAGUUUCAAUACGAUAAAAGCCAAUGUUUGCGUUUUCGGCGGUCGUUGGAUGUAUGAGGUUCAGCUACAUACCAAGGGAGUGAUGCAAGUAGGCUGGUGCUCCAAAAAAUGUGUCUUCAAUGAAAAUAGCGGUGUGGGUGACUCGAAACUCAGCUAUGGCUACGAUGGCAGUAAACAACAAAGUUGGCAUAUAUCCACGGCAAAAUACGGUGAAAAAUGGCAGAUUGGCGAUAUCAUUGGCAUAACACUGGAUAUUGAAAAUGAGGAGAUAUCCUAUUAUCGCAACGGCAACUCCAUGGGUGUGGCAUUUUGCAAAUUAGAAAAAGGUCCCGGAAUUACAUUCUUUCCCGCAAUAUCCCUCGGCUAUAAUCAAAGUGUUCAAGCCAACUUUGGCAAUAAUCCAUUUAAAUAUCCAGUGGCGAAUUUUAUGCCUCUAAUGGCUGAGCCCAUAGUUAAUUUACAAAAAGCUGAAUUGUUAUUAAACUAUUUGGUUAAUAUGUCCAGCAUUGUGGCCCGCUACAAUCAUGAGAAAAGCAAGAAAAGUAAAGAGGAUAAACUCUCCACCAAGAAGACAGUUUAUGUGGUAUUUUGUACGCUUAUCAUUGAGCAUUUGUCUCCACUGCUAUUCAAUAGCUAUAUUAUUGAGAGUAAACUAUUGGAGACCAUACGUCAGGUGGGGCAGAGGAGAUGUGAAACAGAUUCUAUACAACCCGGCCACUCGGAAAGUCCCUUGGGUGCUUUGUUGGAUAUUUUAUGGAAUUACCUCGAAGUGGAGGAAAUGAAAUAUAUUUUGAAAAAGCUGGCAAAUUCCUUGUUGUGUGAAUAUACCCAAACCAAUAAGGGUCUAGAUUAUGGCCAACAAUGUGAGGCAUUGCAAACGUUAAUCGGGCUAUGCAAUCACAGGCGCUGCCGUAAAAUCUAUUUGGAAUUUAAAUUUUUCAAAAAACAUUUCCUGGCUUUGUUAAUGUAUAUACGACCUCCGGAAUUUACCUUCAUGCAAACUCUGAUACCCGAUCACUUGGCAUGGACGGCGGGCAUUGGUGGUCCAAAACAUAAAUACAUGUCCAUGGUGGAGAAAAUUGCCAAAUCCACAGAAUUAGUAUAUGUCCUACAAAAGACAUUAUUGCUUACCCUGCUGGCCAAUGAUGAUGGGGAUGCGCUGACGCCAUCUAGUCGCAAAAUAUUUUUGGCCAAGCUACGUAGAUAUGUAAUGGAUUUGAGUAUGGAACAAAGGCCCUUCCACUCGAUAUUCUUCAUGCAAUCGAGUAUAUUACAUCCCAUUGAGAGCAUUGUGGCUUUGGCAUUUAUAUGCAUACUCAUCGACGUCACCAAGACAGCCUUUGAAAAGGAAAUGACUGGAAAACCGGUGGAAAUCUCCCCUAGCUAUUUCUAUGAUGGCAGUUUUGAAUAUCAACACUUUGAUAGAGUGGGUGGUGUUCUGUCGCAUUUGCGUAAAGUUCAUCGCAAUGAUAUCCAGCAACAUUUGGGUGUGGAAAGGACACUGGAAUUGUUGGAAGAUGAUCGUUUGAUUGUGCGCGUGGCUGAUGUGUAUGGUGAAGCCGUUUCCAUUGUGGGCCGUCCAAUUGGCAGCAAUUCAACAGCCUACACAACCUUCCUAAAUCCACGUAUCAAUCAGGUGUUUGAGGUCAAACCGGGCAAUAGUAAAACUGAAGCUUCCCUAUAUGACUUAUUGGAUCUAUGUGUCUUAUAUUACUAUUGUGUGGGUCACAAAUAUAUUGUUAAGAUCGCUUCGGUACGCGAUGAAAUAGCUGCCUUAAAUGAUGUACUGUUGGAAACCAAAUACUAUCGUGAAGAUGUGGAGAAAAAGUUGCAGGUAUUGGAAGAUCAUGCCAGUGUCUGUAUGGAUGAGCAGCACAGUCAUGUGGUGUCGGAAUUGAGAACCAAAUUUAGUCAAAGGGAGAAUGUUUUUGCGAAACGUUCCAUAGAAUUGGCCCGCAAGCAGGCUUGGUAUCGGGCCGUUGCCUUGGGUCCCAAGAGGCGAUCCCUGUUAAUAUGGCUGCUGGAUAAGGCUCUGAAGACUUUAAAUGCCUCCUCCAGAGAGGGUCCCUUGUUUGCAUUUGUGCCCGAGGUCUAUGUCAAUAUUUUACCCAUACUCUUGGAUACUGUCAUGGAUUUCAGCAAUCAUGAUUUGGUUGUGCAAUUUGAAAUGCAAGAUUCGGAGUGUGUCAUCAAUGCUGUGGCCAAUUUUCUAAGUCUUCAUUCGGCAGAUCCUCGUAUCGUUUUGGCUUCCUGUAAGGAUUCUUUGUUACAGGCCUUGGGCACGUUGACCUGUCACAAGGGUGGUAUACAGGCCUUGGAACAAGCACCAAUGAAAAGUCAAAUGGCCUUGGUCAAUGCCUUGUUGCGUCCCUAUGAAAGUCGUGCCUGGGGUCAAAGUAAUUGGCUAAUAUUACGUUUCUGGCUUGGCCAGGGUUUUGCCUAUCGUGAUGCACGCCAACCCUGUGUCUGGCAGGGUGGCAAUUCACCCUUGCAUUUCGGGCUAUGUCGUUCACGUUCGAAGAAUGAAACCCACACGGGGUUGUUGCACAACAUUGCACCGGCAAAUCCUUCCAAACAUUAUCAAAAUUUGAUAGGUCAGAAACUGACCGAAGAUGAGCCAUUUGCCACGGCAUUUUUAAACUCGGUGCUAAGUCAAUUAAACUGGGCCUUUUCGGAGUUCAUACUACUACUGCAGGAGAUCCAAAACACCGCCCACCGCCAAGAAAACACCAAAUUCGAGCCAAAACAACUGAAAAUAUGUUCCAUGUGUUUUGAAUUGACCGUCUCGUUGAUGCGUUGCCUGGAAAUGAUAAUAACCGUGGCGCCAGACAUUUUCCACGACCCCUGCCGAGCCAAUAGUGACUUAGUCUUGAAUCGUGUCUGCCAGCUAAUAAGUCAGGUGUUGUCCAGGGUAACAGUUCCGCCGGGUUGUUUCCAAUUCGUUGUGGAUAUGUGUUCCUCUUCGCUGAAUGCGGUAACACAUUUUCCCAUAAUUACCGCCGCAUUGGGUAUUCUGUUGGCCCUGUUCAAGGAGGAAAUUGACAACGAUAAAAAUCCAUCCAAGGUCACCCGAGUUUGUCGCGCCCUCUUGACUGACCCCAGCUUUCAGUUUGCCAAUUUGGAAUUCGCGUUGGGCGAAAUAAAAACUCCCAUUCUGCAGCAAAGUGAAAUUCCUCGCGGCAACUUUGAUCCCUCCACAAGGGCUCACAUUGAUCCGCUUACCAAUGAUGUACGGAUACCCCAACCAACUACCUCCAGCCUGAAAAAGAUACGAGCUGAUCCUCCAAUAUUGAAAUUUAGUUUGAAUGAUUUUCCCAGCCACGUGACCAGUGAAGAAAUUGAAAAAGUCAAAUUCCUGAUUGAUAUGCUAAAGGCCAAACAAUCACUGCUAUCGGACAUAACUUUACCCUCAGAAGACUCGCUGUGUCCCAUUUGUUGUGCCAAACCCAUAGCAGUGCUCUUCACACCCUGUAAACAUCAAUCGUGCAGCAAUUGCAUUUUACAGCAUCUAAUGAAUUCCAAGGUGUGUUUUUAUUGUAAAACACCCAUACAGACCAUAGAGGCCUCAGAUGGUUCGGUUAUAUAUCAUAAUGCGGAAUAUUUACAAACGCCGGCAGUGUUUUAAAUAUCUAUUUUCUUUUUUAAGAAAAAUUAAAGAAAACCCAAAACAAGAAUCAUGAAAAUGACCCACCCUUUUUUUAAGAACUACUACAAUCUCAUAAAUUUAUUCUAGUCACUAUUCCAUUAAGACACUUGUUCAUUGUUAGUAUUAUUCAGUUUUGUUCAAAUUAAUUAUUUUUAGUACUGCUGCAAAAUCAAGCUGCAAACAAACAAACCUACAUACCUUUUACACUGCCUAAUAUAUAUUUUUUGUUAAAAAUUAGGACUCUAUCCCUUAUCUAUUUUAUUAAAAAAAAAAAAACAAUUAUUGUUAAGUAUUUUUAUGAAAACCCAAAACAAAAACACUCAAAAUUAAGCUUUAAAUGUUCUUCAAAAUUAGAUAUUGUGAUACACAAAAAAUUGGUUACAUAGAUAAAAAUUAGCUUUUCUUGGAAACUCAUUUUCGAAAAUUAAAAGAAAACCUAACAAAUUAUUGCAUUUAUUAUUAACGACUGUAAAUAACUAUUUUUAUAAUAAUAACAUAAUAAUUACAAAAGAUCUCUUACACAAAUUUAUGGAAAUCAACAAAAGAAGUAACGAAAAUGAAAAGCAACCGCCACAUAUUAUUAUUAUAAUUAAAAGAAACGGAAAAAAUAUACAAUAUUUUGCUUGCAAAGCUUUUUAAAAUAUAAAAAAAUUAUUUUCCCAUACAAAAAUCAAUAAAACUGCCAUUGGUAAUCUAUUGAAAUAUCAUAUACAUUAAA